GGCAGCCCGUGGGCGCCGUGGGGAGAGAGCCCGCCGAUCCCGCCGUGCGACAGCGGAGAGACAAGAUCAAAGAGGUGGGUGGCGGCGGCGGCCCCGCGCCGGGCAACAGGUCCUGCCCGGCCGCCUCCUCCUUCUCCUCCUCCUCCUCCUCCCCCCGUGUCCCGGAGCCGAGACCCCGAGGAAGCGCGCAUCCGGGCUGGGAGGCGGCGGGCAGGGCUCGGAGCGUCUGUCCCGCACCGCAGGCGGAGCGUGGUCCUCUGGGUUGUAGCGGUGCGGCUUCGGGUGAUGGGCGCUGAAUGCCUCCCCGAAGCGAGUGCCCUGUCCGAGCUGUGCGUAGGUAGGGCUGCCGCGAGCCGGGGGCUUGGUACAGUCCUUUCCGUAGAAUAAGGGAUUUUCUAUAUAGUUCAACUUUAUGCCAUCGCUGACGCUUUUGCUUAUCAGUUUGACAAUUUCGGCCGCCUGCUGGGACUGCGGUAUAUGAAUUAAUAAGUAGCGUGUUUUCCCCGUUCUGUGGUGAUGGAGAUGAGAUAGGGAGCGAGGCUGUAAUAACAGAAUGUUUCUGUGUUGGUGAAAUGCAGUCAGCCUGUUUUUGGUUUUGUUUUAUGAUGUGUUCUUACAGAGCAGUCGGAAAAGUGGGCAUUUACACUACACAGAACUCUCAGAUCUCAUACCGUGCUCUGAAACUGCUGUAGCAAACUGUAUGGGUCAUAAGCAGAGGCAAAUUUGGAGAAGGGAAACUCUCCUGAGUGCGUAGUACAGAGCACAACUCGACGUAUGCAGAGCCUGUGUUCUGUCUGCAGCCUUAGAGCCUCCCUGAGGCACACGGAGCAAUUAAAAGUACCAACAAACUGUUCCCUGUUAUCUGGAACUGCCUUGUAAAAGAGGUUAGAAAUAGCAUAUUGAGGCUCCAGAACCUAUGCAUGACAUUUCUUGUACAGCGGAGCGCAACACGUAAGCAGGAUGAAGGAGUACUGAGAGAUACUGCUGAUUUUGCAGGGCUAGCACUGUGCCAACUUCUUCAGUGAUGUUUUAGUAUACAAAUGUGCGUGUGUGCAUCUAUCUGCCUGCUUGUGUGUAUGAGAGGUAAAUGGAUCUACAUCUAUACAAAUGCCAGAACCCCUUUGUUAUUUCUUUCUCCCCUCCCAUCCUGUUCCUCUUAUUUCUCCUGACUUCCACCUGGCAACCCCUGACAGCAGUGGAACCCCCAGACCAGAUGUUUGGCAGCUGUAAGCACAGGAAAUGAUGGCAGAGAGACUGACUGCUCAUAGUUCCCAGGUCUUUAUUUUUUCCCUUUCUAUCUCAGUGUAAUUCCUCAAUACUGUGUUGUCUGUGGGAGUCUUUUUCCUCCCUGUUCAGUAGGCUAACUUCACGUUUAUUUAAUUGCUCUGUCUUACUGCACCUUAACAAGUUUAGUUUUAUUUAUUUCUUUUAAGAGAAUACUCCUAUUCCCUGACCUUAGGCAACGUUUCCUAUUCUAUAUUGUUUCAUGUGCUGGCCUUUCUGAUGCUCUUCUCCCCGUUUCCAAGCUCUUGUCCACCUCUUUGUGUUAAUAUGCUCCUCUCAGGCUGGAAUUCCAGUCUGCAGGCUUCUUAGUUGCAUAUUGUAACUUUCAAAAAUGUGAACUACGCCCUAGAGAGAAGCAGUGGAAAUCACCAGUUACAGCGUGGCCAUUGUGUGCUGGGAUUGUAAACUGGGGAAGAAGUUGAAAUAAAUGCUGAACUCUAGCCAGUACCAGCAAAUACGGUCUUCAGCCUCAAAACAAUAAAAUAACGUGAUUGUGUAGUAUUUCUUAAUGAGGAUGUGAUACAGAAAUUUUAACCUCUUUUAUGUGUGGCAUACUUCUUUGCAUUUAAGAAAAACACUGAGAGACUUGAAAAAGAUGGGAAUAUAAAGAUUGCUGAACUUUAUUUAACAUUGAAACCAACGUAUUAUGGCAAAUAGCUAGAAAAAUAAGCAAGUUGCUAUAAGCUAAUCAAGUAAGUCAAGCACUGAAAAGGCAGCGAAGCAAAUAUCUCAUGUUGCUGCUGUUGCGCUUUGCCCUUGUGGUAAGGGGACAGACGCCUCAGCCCAGGGCACUGAUGCCCGCUGUGGUGCUCCUCUUCUGAUUAUGAGUUGCAGGCAGGCACUGAGGGAGGCUCUGGCAGCACUGCCUGCCCAGUGCUUCCUGUUGUAAAGCUGCUGUCAGCUGCUUGUGGCUGCUGGAUUCUGUACUGGCUGAGCUGAUGCUGCCUGCGCUGUGCACCUUCAUCAAGCUGUGUGUCUCAGGGAGGUUUGAGCAAGGAGGCACAGCUGUUCUUAGGCAUGUCAGUAAGGUUGUGCUUUGUUAACAAUAACUGACCAGGCAGUUUUCCUGUUGCUCCAUGUCUUGGAGCAGGGCGUGGGUACCUGGUACUCCUCACACUGCUCUCUUCUGGUGUCCUGAUAAGAGCUCUGGGCUCUGAAUGAGUAGUCUGUGGUUUCUACUCCUGUUCCUCCACAAGCUGAACGGAGAGGCAGCCUCUGUUUUGACCAGGUAGUCCCCAUUGAUGAGAAAACAAGCUGACGUUUGUCCAGUCUGUGCUGUUGUCACCAUUGGUUGUGGCUGGAUGUCAGAAGUAAUGGGGAGAAAAACAUCAGGGAAGACUUUCAAGCACAUAGACAGUUUGGGAAAGGUGACGUGAACGAAAGUGGUAUUAAGGAGAACAUAGAAAUAGUGGGGACGGGCUAUGAAAGCAGGAGAGGUCUGUUUCAUUUAGAGGAAACUUGACUUUGAAUCUUCUCAAAGUUUCAUUACACUCCCUUCUAGAAGAUGGGGGGGGGGGGGAAGCAAUUGAAUAACUUAGGUGUUAGGUAAAUAACAAAAAUGGAACUCUUUUUAUUUCAGAGAAAAGGAAUAGAAAACAACGAAUGAGCUAGCUCAGGUACAAGUACCAAUACAAGCCCAUUAGUGUAGUGCUCUGCCCUGACCAAUCCCCAGUCCUACAGAGUAGCAAGCUAUUGGUAGGGCAUGGCAGCAAUGCAGCACGCUGCUCCUGCAGAAGAUAGCUAGCUCAGAGCCUGCAUAUUAUUGUAUGGUGCUGUUCAGACACAGAUGCCUUCAGGAUAGUGGUGGGAAACUGGAGCCUGAUGUGUGUAGUGCCGUGACCUUGCUCUCAGUCCCUUGCAGUGCUCCCAGUGCUCAUACAACUCGGAGCUUUUGCAGUCAUCUAGCAGAAGUCCUAGAGAGAAGUGGGUUCUCUGAUCCUUUGGUUCUUGUGCUGUCCUUUGAGACAACGCAGCAGUCACGAGGCAUCAGAACAGACUUAGCAACUGAAGAUUACUUCAUGCUGUCUUCCUAUAAAGAACUGAAUUGGAGUUGAGUUGACAAUGUGAGUUCAGAGUUUCCAAAAUUUAAAAUAUUUAUUUUUGUAGUGGCUUUUAGUUGGAAAUCAUUAGAUUAAGCAAGAGGUUUUAGCGAUGUUGCAGGGAAGUUCAGAAAUAUCCCAAGGAAGAAAAGCUUGUAAACAUGGACGUAAAAAGGCUAAUCAGUCAUCUAACAUGCACUUGACAUAGCAGUGCUUGGCUCUUAUCAGGACUCUCUGGCUGUGAGGGGGAGUGAUGGUGAAAUUGCAGGGGUGACUUGUGUUGGGGGGCUUCUCCUGCAUGCUUGCAGCUCCCUGGCUGGUGCUGCUUGGGGGGACUGAUGAAUGUGCUCAGAGAUGUUUUCCUUUUAUUGAUUUUUUUUUUUUUUUUUUUUUAAUGAGGCAGGGUAAGUUCAGUAAUACUUCUUGCUGUCAAAACAGGAGGAGAAUCUCUUCUGAUCACUUACUCUUGCCUACUGUCUCCUUUGCAUGACUCCUUGGAGCCCUCUGGAAGCUGCUUCAGCUCACUGAACUGACAGAAGGAAAGCUGAACAGUUUUCUGCCAAGUUGAAGGCUUCCUUGAAGGGUCCACUCGGCAGUAGAUUGGGCUGAGGGAAUGGAAUGGUGCGAGGCGGGUGAGGGAGGCACGAAGCCUCUCUGUUUUAGGACACUGGCUUCUUGACUGCAUUUGAAUUUGCAAUGUGGCAUUUGCAGAGGAGAGCACUCUGAGGCACGCGGAAGUGCUGCACUUUAGAAGGCUGUUACCUCUCGACCCUUUUUCUCAGAACAGAAAAGCGGAAAAGAAAUGCAGGAGUAGUAAUUACAGAACCCCUGGCUCCUGCAGAGUGCAAUUCUCUGUGCUUUCACAGUGAGGAAGUUGUGGGAACUUCCCUGGGGUGGUGGAAAGAGUUAAACUGCUGUGUGCAAGUACAGAGAGAUUUGGGUUUCAAACAUAUGGAGCCUCAUUUCCUGAAGGUACAGAUCCUUAUGCAGUGGAAGAAAGAGAAUCUAUAUGUAAUGAGUAAUCAGGUAGUGAUUCCUGGCAAUACGUUGAUGAUGCAAUUCACUUCUGAACUUUUCUUCAGCUGCUCUGACCUUAAUGUAGAUGUCUUGCAACUGUCGUUUAGUUUCUCAAAGGAGUUUAAAAUGCAUCUUAGCUUUUUUUUACCCUAAAGUUUUGUUUUUCUACCUGUAAACUUCAGUAUUUUUGUAUCUGCUAGUUCUUUUGGAGAGUUCUACUGUGCGUUCCUCCUGGACAAAUACUAGUUAUUGUAUUUAUUGAUUGAUUUAUAGUGGUUUUAUAAAAGACAACAAGAAGGUGAGUUAAGUGCCUGAAUGCAGGGAAUGCAAUAUGAUGUGUAUGUACUUUUUAAUUCUAAGUUAAGGGCAUCCUCUGGGGCUCAGAGACAUUCUCUCAGUGUUUGUUGGGAAUUCUGUGCUCUUGUGGGACAUGGAUGUUAUGGCAUCUAAAAUGCAACAAAACAGUGAACUAAAUAGCUGGCAUAGAGAUAAUAGCACUAGAAGAUACAGAGGAGCUACUGAUGAGUUACUAAGGACAUGGGUCAGUGACUGUUCAGCAGUGUCUGCAGGCCCUGUGCAGAGCCAUCCUAAUCUGCCAGCUAGCCAGAAGUUUGCUCAUGCCUUUGGAUUCAUUGUCAGAUGGGACAGGGAGCUGAAAUGGUGUUGUCUGAGCACAGGGGAAGGAAGCAGUGGACCCCUACUAAGCUAAUGUAUUUGGAAGGGCGGAUGAUGUGGAGAAUAGUGGGACCAUGUCAUGUUUUUGUCCAUUUGAUGUGGCAUAUGGCACGCCUUUGCCAAAUUAAGUCUUUUCCAUUGGGAUCCCGUAAUGUCUUUCUGUAAAAAGACAUUGUUUCAGGUGAGUUGUUCUGGCUGCCUAUGGUGGUUUUUGUUUGUUUGUUUUAGAAGUAUCAGUUAUGAGGAGGAGGAAUGUUUUGGUGUGUGACAGUGUGCGCACUUGACUGGAAUGGGAUCUUUACCCAUUGCUAGUUUGUGUUUUCCAUCCUUACAUCUUUCCAUGAGCUGACCUGGAGGAAUGUUUACUUUUCUUAUGUUCCAACUUGGUCUGCAUUUUCUGCAGGUAUAUUAACAAAACUUGCAAGUGUUCUAUGGAUAGAAUGGGUACUGAAUCCUUAGAAUUGUGGGAGAAUGAAAAGACUUUAAAUGUUCAGUGGAAAACAUCUGGCUUUCAAAAAAUAUAUAUAUAUCCAGCACAUGAUUAAUUCUUUAGCUGAAAACCAUGUGCACAUCUUAUGCAAAGGCAAAACCUAAAUUCCAGACACACAGGUCUCCUCAUGAAAGCUAAAUAAGGUGAUGAAAAGGGGCGAGGUAAAGCUUAAAAUGGAAUGUCUCCUGCAUUUUGGCAAAAGUUAUAUUCCCAUGGUGAUAAUUUUGUAUUUAACAUUAGUGUAGCAGCCUAUGGCAGUGAUUUAGUAUAGAGAAAUGGAGUAAAUCAUAAUGUUGGUGAGUACAACUGCUUAAGGCUGUAAUUCUGUGCUGUGGGCAAACUGAAGCAGAAAAACUCCACCUGUUUAUUUAGAAUCUACUAUUAAGGCUGAAAAAUGUCUAUCUCAUUCAAGCAGAAAAAUGCUAAGAGUGGUAGACAGUCAGGCUUCGAUAGCUUCUUUGAAUGUUAAUGAAAGCACAGAUCUAUGAAGAAAAGAUCAGGGACAGACAGGAGACAGCGCUUCUCAUAAUUAACUUCAUUAUGCAGGCACUUGUAUGACUGCUGGACAGAUACCUUUUCUUACAGCUAUCUCAAAUACAGUGCUGUAAGAACACUUCAGUGUCUUCACUUUCUGUUUUUUUUUUUUCCCCUCCUGGUUUUGAGGAGCCAGCAUAGUGAAUUCCUGUGGUUUUCAUCUCAAAUAAAAUGCCUUAACAUGUAGUUCCUUUAUCUGCCCAUUAAAUAGUAAAUGUGUCUUACUAACUUCUUUGGCUGAAUAAGAGUCUAAUACUUUGGGAAAGCAUUCAUUGUUUGCUUCACUGUUCGCUGUUGGUACAGAUUGGUACAGACCUUCUCUGGCAAUAAACUGCAGCCUGAGAUAGCACAGGGAUGCUAAAAUAUUCUGCUUUCUAGUAAGUAACUCGGUUAUACAGAGGUAUCUCUGCGUAAAUUAUGUUUUAGACACUCUGUUUUGAAGGGUUCUGUAGAUUAUUUUAAAUUUAUUCUUAGAAAUGACCUUGUAAAACAAAGAAAAUAAUUGUUUAGGUGGGCUUAGGAGAUAAAUAAUAUGGGCAGUGUACCGGGUAGUCUGUAUACUGGUUCAUUUUUUUGUCUGAAAACCUCCUUUAUCCGAGAAAUGUAGCAUGUGAUAAAAGAAUGUGUGCACUAAGAAGAAUCUGUCUUCCUAUUUUCCAUCACUUCCUAUAACCAAGCCCGCAAGUCUGCCAUGAAAAUAUAAUUGGCGAGUAAUAAAGCGCAUGCUUCUUUGCCUGAUACAGAUUAAGCGAGACCUUUCACAGAACUGUGGUUAAUCUCUUCUUGCAACAGCUACUGGGCAGCCUGGCUGCCAAGCAGGGGAGCUUGUGUGGCAGGGCCCAGAGGGGCCUGGGCCUGGCGCAGAUGGUGUGGUGCGUGGGGGGGUGGUGCGCAGGGUCAGGCCACAGCUCAGUUCUUUGCCUCUGAACCAAGGGCUGUGCUUGGUUCUUGGCUGUGCUGUGUGCUGGGCUGCCGUUGCUCUUGUUUAUGCUGUGGGUUUGCACAUGGAUUGUGGAGCCAGGCCCAAGGCUGCAGGUGGGCAGCUGUGGUUUGUUGUGCUGUGCUUAGGUUGCUGGCUGUGGGCAUUGCAAACAACACCUGAAAUCAAAUGCUCUGAUCUGAUUCUGUUCUGAAGAUAAGUAAGUAGGGAAGUAAAACCUCAGGUUUGCCUUUCUUGCAUCUUAUCACCAUUUUGAACUCUGUGGUAACCUAGAAAUGCUUGCAUGAAAUAAUGCAGCAAUUGGCUAUAACUCUACACAGUAAGCUGGUUAGACUUUAUAGCUGGUGUUUAUGAAGAUACAGGUAUUGCUCAUUCUGAUGCCUCUAAUUUUAAAAGCUUUUGAAACGGAUUGGAUGAGUGUGUAACCUGCUGUUGUGUUCGUACAACUGUUAGACUUUCACAGCCCUUGUGGGAACACUGAGAUAUGUAGUCUCUUAAGCAAAGGUAACUACAAGUGUAAAAUCUACUUUCAUUUGUCCUCCCACACUCUCUUGGAAACUAUAUGUACCUUGGCUUUGAAAUUGCUUAGAAAUAAAGUGAGUGAAUGGAAAUCUGACUUGUAAGAUACUUGAGCCUUUUUUUAAUGCAGGUAUCUAAUAAGGUAGGAAAAAACAUGGAGAUGGGGAGAGAAGAUAGGCAAUAUUGAGCAAAGGACCAAAACGAUGCUGUGCCAGAAAGAGCUGGUGGCUGUGCUGCAUCCAGCUGUUACAAGACCUCCUGUGUGCUCUUCAAAAAUUCUUUCAGAAGAAUCAAUGUUUUUUUCUGUGAUGCUGGGCAGAAAACAGGAGUUGAAAUUUCAAUGUAAAAGCAUGCGGCAUUGCAGUUCUCUUGUGAAGGUAUAUAUUGGUGGCACUAAUGUUACAAGCAGUGCUAUGUAUAUCAUCUGUAUUCUCCAAGAAUAAAACAGAAAGAGUGUCUUAUACUUUCUUCCAGAAUUUUACAUCACCUGACUUGUGUAGAUGUGAAUUUAUUGCUAGACAACAUAAAACAUUUUUUUUUUAAUACGAAGUCUGUGCUUUUAAAACAUAGCAAUAAGAUUGUGUUCGAUCAAUGUGGAUUGCUUCUUUAAUUAGUAUUCAGGCCACUGCAGGGCUUUUCUUUUUUUUUUUUAGUAUCUGCAUGUUUUUCUUUUACUUGCUUCACUGCAUAAUAAACAUCUAUGUGCCUUUUGAAAUUUCUUUUGUUCAGGGACUGCUUUCUUCCAAGGAAAUAGGAAAUAGCUCAUGUAAAAGAAUACCGAGCUUAAAAAAACAGUUUGCUUUCAAAAUGUUGCGCUCAGGGAGAUAGUAAUUUUACUAUUCCCUGAUAUGCAUACACAGAUGCAGACUCAGUCUUUAACUCCACUGUCAGUUUUCUCACUGCCUUUGAGCACUGACAUCUGUUGGUGCACUGAAUGGUGAUACUGAUAAAGCUGUGCCCGCUUUGCUGUCUGCAGGGAAAUGUGCUGCUUGUUACUGUGGUUAUAGUUCUCCACCCAUCUGUAAUUCUGAGAACUGCACUUCAAAUUUGGUGUUGGACUUAGACAGUAAUACUAAAUGCUUUAAACUGAAGCUUGAAGAGGAAUAGAUGUUAAUAACAUUGUGCUGGAUUGACUCCCCCAACCCCAUCCUGCAACAGAAAACAUGAUUACCGUUUAGGGAGUAGGAGAUUUAUAGCAGUUACACAUUUGAAAAGUCAUAAUACUUCAAGGCUGUGUAUUGCUUUUUGCAUUCUGGUGAGACUGUCUGAAGAGCCACCACGGGGGAAAAAAAAAACCUGCCACGUAAUGACAAGCUGUAAGUUGUCUGAUACUUUUAUGUCUCACUCUGUAAAGCUCUAGGGUAAGCAUGGUACUGAACCUGAACUGACUCUAGAAAUGUGUGUGAUAUUGUCAAGGGCUGAAGUGAUAUCACAGAUCAGAAAGGGCAUUUCAAAAAACGACCUUUCUAAAGAAAAGCCCUUAGGCUUCUCCAUGCAGUAUUUUUAAAAAAUUCGUUUUACUUAGAGAAAGACAUUUAUUUGUAUCUCUUUCCAUAUGUAUGUCUUACAGCACAGCUAAAUACUUCAUGCAAUUGGUAAAUGAUGCAUUCUCUUGUUUGUAACUGAGGAUGUGGUUUGUUGGUGUCAAGAUCUGAUUUAAGUAAGCACAUCUAAUAAAUACAGAUUUAUUUUGAUUUUUCCUUAUAAAUUGUCAGCUACAUUGAAAAAAAUUGCACCUAUGCUGAAAGCAGAAUCCAGGUCAAUAACCAGUUUUUCAUAAGUCACCAUAUGAAUCUAAACCUUGCAGACAGUAGAUGGUCUGUGAGAAAGUUUUCAGACUUCACGGAGUCUGCGGUCUUAUGCAGCCUGAUGAUAUGAAGGCAUUAUGGAGGCACCAUUGGUCUGCAUUUAUGUAUGCUGUGGUUUUUGUUUGUUCUCCCAAACUACUUCGUACUGUAUAAUUUUGUCACUGGGGGAUUCAGACUUUCUGCUGGACCUCUGGUGGCCUCUGGUCACUGUCUUAAAGAGCUGACUUCAAAAGUGAAUCAGGUUGCUCAGACAUGAAGUCAGGUUUGGAAAACCUCUGAGAAGGGAGAUUCUUUAGCCACUCUGGACAAACGUAUUCCCUUAUCUGUGAACUCUUUUUAUUAUUAUGGUAUCAAGUUAAAAUAUUUUCUUCUUAAGUACUCCAUCCCUAACUUCGUCUUCACUUACUUCACUUACUAACGUCUCUCCCUGAUAAACUCUUUGCCACUAGGAAUAUGGUAAAGACUAGAGGCAAAAACAAACCAACAAAAAAACAUUAUUGCUUAAGCCUUUUCAUGUCCUUUGCUGAUAGUUUUUUCCAGCCUGUUAAGCAGCAAGUCCAUUUUGUUUGGUCCUUUUGCUGAUGUUUCUGUAGAGACACUUUCUGUCUCAUAGCCAUUUCCAGCUGAGCUUUGUCAGCCUUUUGCACUGCUGUAGGAGAGCCCCUGUCUGAUCCUCCUCCCUGGGCUUCCCUGGGGGUUUGGGCUCACCUGGGUGCUCCACAUCCAGCCUGGAUGAACUCUUCGAUCUCAGUGACCUCCUGCCAAGAGCCAUUUUUGGGCUUGGAGAUCAUCGAGAUCUCCUGGGCACCUCUGCCCUAGAGGGAUCUCUCCCAUGAGAUCUUGCAGAUCACGUCCCUGGACAAAUUGAGCUUGUUUCAUAGAAGCCCAGGGCCUUUUUAAUUUGCCUUUCUUAGCUUCUUCAUGAUUCUUUCUAGCAUUUAAGUAGACAUGUGGUUUAGACAUUUAUCCUACAUGUAUAAAUUGUUUUGAAGUGAGUUAUUAUUGUAAGAGGUGGGGCAGCAAGGGAAAUGACAUGUGGCCUUUUCUAACUCCUUUGCAUCUGUGUUUCUUUUUCAGUUUCAUUAGGCAAGCAUAGUAGGUACUGCGCGUUAGCUGAGUUGGUAUCUUGAAGUUUUUAAAACUGAGAACAUGUUUACUGGCCAAACAAAUGUGGUUAAUACAGGGAAUUCCAGCUUCGAUUUUGAAGCAUAAGCUAUUGAUGGAAAACAAAACUGUUAGUUGUAACUUUUGCCUCUAUUGGGUAUGAAUGGGUAACUAGUAUUCUGUCAUAUUGUGAGAAAUUGUGUUAAAGAACAUCAUGGCAUUCUGAAGCUUAUUUCCUCUGCAUGCCUCUGAUGAAAAUGUAAGAAGUUUAUACAUUGCAGAUAUGAAACUUGGGAUGUGAAAGCUAAUUUAACGCAAGUUCAAAGUUGGCAAGUUUGAAGUCCAUAUUGUGACUGACAUUUAUACCAUUGAAUUAAAUUAACUUAAGUAACUUAUAUUUGCUAAUUUAAAAAACUUGUUUUUUCAUUAUUUUUUUCAUCAUUUCAUGUGACUUACUGUAUGGUUUACAGUAGACCUUGUAAACAUUUUACAAUAGGGUUAGAUUAUUGCAGUACACUACCAAUUCAUGGGAGUUCAACUUCUUAGUAUUAGAUUUUUUUGUCAUUUUUGAUAUCAUAAAGAAGUUUGGCUCUCCAGAAGCUUGGGUUUGAAAAUUAAUUCCUUCUUUGUUUCCUUGUCCUUAGUGUUCAUAUUCACUUGUCAUUUCUGAAAGCUUAAGUUUCCAGCAUCACAGUGGUACAUGAGCAUCCCUUCAAUUUGACAUGACUGUUAUGAUUUACUGAUUCGGGAAGUAAAGCUUUUUCCAGCAAUAGCAGUGAAUAUGUAACCUUCCUUUUGCUUCAGCUCACUGAUCCCUUGUUGUGGGAUCACUCUUAUAUGGGUUAUGUACAGUGUUCACACAUAACUUUUGCUUGUCACUUGGAGCAAAAGUAGGAAAAAGCCAUAAAACCAAUAUCACUACUUAUAGAAACUAAUGAAGUUUGAGCAGAGUGCCUCUGAAUUUUGGAAAACAGUUGAGCUUUAACUUUGAUCAGAUUUCUUUUUUCUCAUCUUAAUUUUUCUGCAGUGCUUGUGGAUGGUGGUUUCAUUUCAUCAAGAAAAUUAUUUUGAAUCUAUUUAGCAAUCCAAAGCUUGACCAGUGGUUGUGUCUUCACUUCUGCAUUUUUUUAAUUCGUUCUUUGAAGAAAAAGUUCAGCGUGUGAUUUUCCAAAGGAAAGCAGGCCCUGUAGUGUAAGCUAACCAAGUCAUACUACUUGGGUCUCUUGCAGGUGAAAAGGAAUUUUAGGUGGGCAGUCUUCUGAUCUGGCCAUUGGAGAGAGAAUAAAAAAGUAAAAUUAAAAAGCAUUUUAUGUUAGCUAUAGACUUGACCAUGAGAAGUUAGAAGGAUGAUAAUAUUGCUCAGUUGUUUUAAACACACAAUAGCACACUGUAUGAUGUUAUAUGUGUUCAUUUCAGAGUGACUUUAUAGUAGCUUCCUGGUGUGCUAAUUACCUAUGACUACAUCCUGUGAAGAGGACAUUGUGUGGAUGUUUUAUUCUCUUUUGUUUGUACACAGUAUUUUUGUGAUGCCUAUUUUAUUCUUUGUUUACAAUGGGGAACCUUUUCUACUUUAGAUUUGUGCUGUUUGAAAAAUGCAAUUUUUGUUUGUUUUCUGAGGAAGGAACAAAGCCAGCAGCUGAUGCCAAAGACGGAUCUCAAAAAAAGCUUUAAAAGUCCUUGUGUCUGUUUGAACAUAUCAGAGCAAAUAAAUGGGGAUGGGAUCUGCUACCUUAAAGUCAAAUAUAUCUAGUGUCUCUUUUACAGGCCACACCUCAUCUCCAUACAGGAAAAAAAAAUAAAUCCUGAGAACGUUGUGGCUGGUUUUACUGCAUCUUCAGCAGCAAUGAUUCCCUUGUAUUUAGAACUUAGUCCUGUGCUACGUGGGGAGCUUCAGCUGUAAAAUGAGCUGUGAAUGUGCCUUAUCAGAAAAUAGUUCAUUCGUAAUUUCUCUUUGAUAUUCUUGCUGUACUUUAAUAUCCAGUUUCAAAUAUGCUGUUUACAGAAAACAUCCUGGGAGGCAUUGGAAGUACUAUAAUCAAAACAGCUGGAAAUUUGUUAUCUUUUCUACCACUCCUCCUAAAUCCUCACAACCCCCCCCCUCCCCCCCCCCCCAAAAAAAAAAAAGAAAAAAAAAACACAAAAAAACCCUGCACCCCCAGUGACCAACAUCCAAAUUUCAACUUCCUUAAAAUGGUUGUGAACUUAUCUAAACUAUCUAUCUAAGUUCUCCAAAGGUGAAGGAGAGAGACUUGGUGGGCUAUGCAAUGGGGUAAGCAACAGCAGAAGUAUGUGGUCAUGUGCUGUAAGUAUAUUCUUUUAUUUGCUUUAUAACUUGGAUAAAGGCCUGGCUAACUAAACUGUAGUGCACUUUGCAUGAUGUGGAAAAAUGGUACCCUGUUUGAACAAAUCGAUUGCAGUAGUUUGCUCCCUGGAAGAAUGCUGAUGGGCACGUGGGAUCACCAGAUGAUCCUUACAACUGGGGCAUGGAAUUAAUAUCUCCCAGUGUCUUUAAUUUAAGGUUACCUAUGGCUGAUGGCUGGCCUUUCACCUGUUUACUUAUGGCAUUCCAAUGUCUUUCCCUACUGAGAAUGGAAAGAGAUGAAAAUUUUAACUUUACAAUGGAUGAGUGCUUCUUUUCUUUAUGACCGUAUCUGUCAGCUUCAAAGAAGGCAAAUGAUACUCUCUGGGGGCUGCCAUUUUCUUCUAGAAGGAAAAAAGCAGUAAGCAGCUUCGGUUAAAAUCAAUGAGAAAACCAGCAGACUGCAAAUAUUAAACAAGUUUUUCAGUGUAUGUGUUUUGGAUGACUUUAAUUUUUGAACUUGAGUUUAGUUAGUGCCAUCAGGAAACUUCAAACACAGAUGUAAUUCUGAUGUGCUGUCCCUCACAGACCAUUCUUUUUCCACUCUGCUUGACAGCCCCUUGCAUUUAGUUUGCAGUCAGAUUACAGCACUCGCUUGCACCAGCAGGCAUUAUCGACUUUUAGAAGUAAGUGUAUUUUUGAUGUUGACUUUGAAACUUCCUUAAAAAUGUAAAAUACUUGCUCACUAUUAUACUUUGAGAGUUUCUUGCUGUGAUUUCUAGUUAUUGCCUAUUAUCAAGUAGCAGCAGCAUCAUAUUAUAGGGUAGUCGUGCAGUCGGAUAGAGGAAUUGAAUGCACUGCUGUGUUUCUGGCUUUCAGUCAUCAGCCACAGGCACUGAUACAAGAUGAGCCUACUUGCUUUAGUCAAAUCUACUGUGCUAGGACAUGUAAAAGGACAGGACUAAAAGCUGAUUUCUCUUCAAAGAAAUGACAACCUUAAAAGAAUACAGGCUAUUAUUAAUGGGUACAAGCAGAAUACAAGGAAAUGAGCCUGUUCUGCUCAGUGAGAUAGGACAAUGGUGGAGCUGGUGUAUUUGUUUUCGUGACUGAUAGGUGAGACGGUAAGAUUUCUCUGUAAAUAUCCACAUCAGCAAUUUAUUAUCUUUCUUAUCUCCUGUAGGUAAAUUUUUAACUUCCAGUUAACCACGUUGCCUGAAGUUUUUCAAAUAGGCUUGACCUGCUGUGGUUAUAAUCACCUGCAAGUCUGUUUUGCCACUAGCUGUUACUGUUAAGAGCUGAUACUGUGACAGCAAAAUCACUGGUAGCGCACUGUGUUGGACACAUUGUUGAGGUUUUGGUUUUGGAGCUCUUUAAUAGUUCAACAAAAUGUAUCAUCCCCUCAGUGAGAGCCUAAACUUUACUUUAGGCAUCUCAGAGAACUGAUUUUUUUUUUUUAAUUGCUGCUUCAGUACAAUAGCUAUCUACUUAAAUGACAAGCUAGUUCUGUCAAGUCUGAAUUUUCUGACCACACAACAUCCUGUGUUUUGAGUACUAUUUUAGAAGGUAAUAUGCUCAUUAGAAUAAGUUCCACUUCCUUAGUACAGAGAGCCACCCUAAUUGUACAGAGAAGUCAAACUUUGACACACAUUACUUUGCACUAGUCCUCAGCUCGUAUUUCAAAUACAGACUGGUUUGCUAUUUCAUACAAUGCUGAUCAGAUGAUGAAAUAUGCCUGGGAUAAUUAUAAGCGUUAUGCAUGGGGAUUAAAUGAACUGAAGCCCAUAUCUAAGCAAGGACAUUCAAGCAAUUUAUUUGGUAACAUUCAAGGAGCAACAAUAGUGGAUGCCCUUGAUACACUGUUCAUCAUGGAAAUGAAAGAGGAAUUCAAGGAAGCCAAGGAAUGGGUUGAAAAAAACUUAGAUUUCAAUGUGAAUGCAGAAAUUUCAGUAUUCGAAGUGAACAUCCGUUUUGUUGGUGGACUACUUUCAGCAUACUAUCUUUCAGGAGAAGAGAUUUUCCGGAAGAAGGCAGUAGAGCUUGGAGAGAAAUUGCUGCCUGCUUUCAACACUCCCACUGGGAUACCUUGGGCAUUGCUUAAUAUUAAGAGUGGAAUCGGUCGAAAUUGGCCCUGGGCAUCUGGUGGCAGCAGCAUUUUGGCAGAAUUUGGGACUUUGCAUCUGGAGUUUGUACACUUGAGCCACCUGUCUGGGAAUCCUGUCUUUGCUGAAAAGGUAAUGAAUAUUCGAAAAGUUCUAAGUCGACUGGAUAAACCAGAAGGCCUUUACCCCAACUAUUUGAAUCCCAGCAGUGGCCAAUGGGGCCAACAUCAUGUCUCCAUUGGAGGGCUUGGGGAUAGCUUUUAUGAAUAUUUGCUCAAGGCAUGGCUGAUGUCAGACAAGACAGAUGAAGAAGGCAAGAAAAUGUAUUAUGAUGCUGUUCAGGCCAUAGAGACCCACCUCAUUCGAAAAUCAAGUGGGGGACUGACAUACAUUGCUGAGUGGAAGGGUGGACUGCUUGAACACAAGAUGGGACAUCUGACUUGUUUUGCUGGAGGCAUGUUUGCUCUAGGAGCAGAUGGAGCACCUAGUGACAAGACAGGCCAUCACAUUGAGCUUGGUGCUGAAAUUGCUAGAACUUGCCACGAAUCCUAUGAUCGUACUAGCAUGAAACUGGGACCAGAAGCAUUCAGAUUUGAUGGUGGAGUUGAGGCCAUUGCUACAAGACAGAAUGAAAAAUACUACAUCCUACGACCUGAAGUCAUAGAGACCUACAUGUACAUGUGGCGGCUUACUCAUGACCCAAAGUACAGACAGUGGGCAUGGGAAGCUGUAGAGGCACUGGAAAAACACUGCAGAGUAGAUGGUGGCUAUUCUGGCAUUAGAGAUGUUUAUAGUAAUCAUGAAAGCCAUGAUGAUGUGCAGCAAAGUUUCUUCCUUUCGGAGACACUCAAAUACUUAUAUUUGCUAUUUUCCGAUGAUGAUCUUCUUCCAUUUGAGCACUGGGUCUUCAACACAGAGGCUCAUCCCUUCCCAAUUCUUCGCAAAGAGGAUGGGAGUAAAGAAGAAAAAGAAAAAUAGAUCGAGUUUUAACUUGCUUCAUUCCUUAUGUUUCUUUCCAGGACUUGGGCGUGUGAUUUUAUUUUAAAUCCUUGAGUUAAAUUUUUAAAUCAAGUGUUUUGCAGUCUGUUUUCUUUAACAGUAAAUAUUUAUGAAUGGACCCAAACUCAUAAAACUUCAGUCAUCAACUGAACCACUUUUUAGACGAGAAAUACAGCAUCUGUCCAGAUUUUGUUAGUCUGCAGUGUAAUCUUGGCCAAAAAGAGCAGAGGGUCUGCAUGUUACUUGUUUCCUGUUAUACUUUUAAUUUGACUGCAAAAUUUUUUCUCCUCCAUGAGGAGAUGUCUGCUUUAAGCUGUAAUAUUUUGCCAUGUUGCAAAAAGCCAUAUUGAAUUAAGUAUAUAAAGAGCUUUUUUCUUUUUCUUUUUGUUCUAUGUUAAUUUGUUUUGUGUGUCAUCCAAGAAAACUAUUGUGACUGUGACAGCCUCUUCUUAUGCGGGUCUAUCAUUACUUGGUAAAGUAUCUGAUGUAUUUCAUUGUCAAUGAAGUCUACAUAGGAAUAUUUUCAUCUCAUGCAGACACAACUCUGAAACUGCAGUAUAUGUUGGAGUUAGUCUCAACUAGUUUUAUGAGUUUAGCACAUUAGUUAGCACACUAGUUUUUCAGGUUUUUAUUAGAAUAUUACUGUAGAGUAAAUAGUUUCUUCCCUUUUCUAAGUGGAGUUAUCCUGAUGCCUUUAGUCAGGCCAAUAUGGAGUAAAAUAAGAUAAUCAUUUCUUAGGAGGAGUCUUGCCACCUUUUGUUUUUAAUCCAGUAGCUUUCAUUUGGUUAGAUGGUAAAAAGACAAAAUAAAACUACUCAAUGAAUUUAUCCUUGAAGUUGAGCUGAGAAUUAUACCAGAGACAAUUUGGUUUUCUGCGACUUUCUCAAGCACUUAGAGUGGUUCAAACUCAACGCUAGUCUUCGUACUUUAUUGUCGCAAAGCAAUUUAAUGUAUCUUUAUGAAUAAAAUCAGAUAUUCAGAUGCCUUGAAGAAAACUCGUCUCCUUCAGAGAGGAAAUUAUCCAGCAUAGAACUAAAACUUCCUGAAAGCACCUACUCUGGCUUCUGUAAGUGACAGAAAUGCAGUAUGUUGUAAAAUAGUCCAUAGAUUAGAAGCUUAGUUUACUAAGAGAGGUAACAGUUUUGCCAAAAAUGUUUUACUUUGUGGUAUCACCAAAGGGAAAAGAAUCAGGCACAAUUAAUUCCUUCUUUUACUUAAAUGUAGCUUGGAGUGUCUUACAUUGUUUUUAAGUCUACAAAUGGUUUCACUCAGUGAAAGAAUGAAUUUUAUACAUUUUGAGUAGGCUACAACAACUGGCUUCCCAUUCUGAGAAAGUGCAUUAUGAACUGAUUUGACUGCAACAAAACAAAUGGUUCUGAUCAGUUAUCUAUUUUAAACCUUGUAAGCUGUCUAUCUCACAUAUCCAGGGUAGCUAAUCAGAGCUGAGGAAACGUGUUUGUUUAGGCAUUACAGAGUACAUUUUACUACUUUUUUCUAUACUGAUAGAGGUCUGCCGUAUAGGCUUUACUUAUGUGGAAGCCAAAAGCAAAGAUAAUAUUACGUUUUUAUAUAUACAGGAGGCUGACCCAUAAACUUUACCCUCUGGAGUGUUUAAGACAGCACUGCCUAUCUGGUUGCACUGCAGACAGAGAAGACAGAGUCUGCCGUGUGAGCUGCCAAAUACAUUUCUGCAGGGGGCAAAGCAAGAGUAUCUCCAGUGGCACUGAUUCUUCUUUCAAAGGCCUGGCAGAGCUGUGCAGUCAUACAUGGAAGUUAACAGAAGGACUCUACUGAGCCUCUGUGACCCAGAGCAGGGAGAAUGAAUAUAAAUAUAUAUACAGAUGCCUAAUAUAAAGCCUGCUUGGAUGGAAUCAAAAAGUUGGCUUGAGAUUUUUUGCUCUUGUGCAAAAGUAUUAUAUUUUUAAGUAUGGAUUCUCUCAUGUCACAGUAACAGCAUGAGAAUAAGUGAAGAAGGAAUCCUUGGCCCUCCUCUGUUGAAAAGCGGAAUUUCUGCUUAUGUUGAUGAUCUGGAAUUUGUAGCUGUGAAUUACUGGAGUAUUUCACUGUAUUUCUUCAGAAACAGUUUUUAUAAGGGAGCUUUUUUUCCCCCAGUUACAACAGAGAAAUGAUAGCUAUCUCUCUACAUACACAAUUAUCUUCCUUCUUAAAAAAGAUUAUACUUUUGUCUUAUUUAUCUUUACUAGGUAACCUGCUGCUGCCUCCCACAUGAUAGCGCACGUGCUGCUAUAGGCCUCAUAUCAGUUAAAUAACUUCAAUAACUCAGACAAAAGCAGUCUUUGAGAAAUGUGUUUUGUAAGCCUAUUUUUACAUGUUUUUCUUAACCACGGUAUGCUUCCCCUCAGAUGUGUCCAGUGAUCUUGUGUUUAUUUAAUAAGCUUCAGAGAAACAAUGUAGAGCCUGAUAAGCUCUUCUUGUUUCAAAAAGCAGGCAAACACAAAACUGUUGUAUGCAUUGGGUCCUAUGUGCUUGAAUACAUGUCAUGACUGUUUACUUGUAAUACAGACAUUCAGUAUGAAUAUUUUUUAGUUUGAUAGUUACAAUGAUUUGAAAGAGCACAAAUUUGAUGUGACUGGUAUUGGUAUUCAGGUUGUAUGUACAAACUGCACUAUACUGUACUUUUUGUAAACAAAUGUAAGUAGACGAGAAGAUUGUACAACGUGUAGAUCUGCCAACUGUAAGAAAACUUUUCAUAAACUGAGAAUAUAUUGAUUUUAUUUUUAUUUUUUUUUAAUAACCCCAGGACACCAAAGCUAGCAUAAUCAUUUUGAAACAGUCACUACUUACCAGUGGUUGUUAGAUUGCUGAGAUAACAUUCAUUUUAUUUCCCAUUCACUUAUCUAGCUGUGUGAAAGUGGCUAGCAAUGGUUGCUUUGUGUCCCCACUCAUUCAUAAGAGCAAAAGAAAUUGCAUUAUGGAAGGGUAUAAUCUUUGCAUAAACACACUUGCCUAUCCUCUUUCCAUUUCUUUGUAGCAAAAUAGCGCAUUUAAAUCUGCAUAUGUUAAGUCCUAAGAAAUAAAUCAUUUUAAAAGGCAACCAUACUGUUUCAUGGAAAAAAAAAAAUUGUUCUGAUCAUUUGUGAAAUAUGUACUGCAUAUUUGUUGAUUGUACACAGAUUUUUGCAACGUCCUAUGGCUCACUGUUUCUAUGGUGACUUCAUCAUACAUAUUUUCCAUUUCUGAGACAUUUAAACUGGUUUUGAUUUGUACAUAUUCCAUUUAGUCGUCUCAUCUUUAUAUAAAUCCUGAAAUUAUGGAAUACAUAAUAGAUCAAGAUGCUUAAUUUUUAAGAAAUUAUAUUUGUAAAAAUUUCUCUAUUGUGAAUAAAGUCUUUUAAUAUA